UUUUGUAGCAAUGGGGAGCAAAGCAAAAGCAAUGGGGUCUAGGCUGACUCCUCUUUUUACCACCGUUUUAGUGGUAUUUGUUGCUCUUGGCUUGCCUUCAGAAACUGCAGCUGAUUACGACAAGUAUUCACCUCCUCCUCCUCCUUACCAUUAUUACUCACCACCACCUCUUGUGCAUUCACCUCCACCAUCGCCAGUUUAUAAGUCACCCCCACCACCUUACCAUUAUUCCUCACCACCACCUCCAGUGCAUUCACCUCCACCACCACCGAUUUACAAGUCACCUCCACCACCUCCUCCAGUCUACAAGUCCCCACCACCACCUUACCAUUAUUCCUCACCACCACCUCCAGUGCAUUCACCCCCACCACCACCAGUUUACAAGUCUCCGCCACCACCUCCUCCAGUUUACAAGUCUCCACCACCACCUUACCAUUAUUCCUCACCACCACCUCCAGUGCAUUCACCCCCACCACCACCAGUUUACAAGUCUCCGCCACCACCUUACCAUUAUUCCUCACCACCACCUCCGACGCAUUCACCUCCACCACCACCGGUUUACAAGUCACCUCCACCACCUCCUCCAGUUUACAAGUCCCCGCCACCACCUUACCAUUAUUCCUCACCACCACCUCCAGUGCAUUCACCCCCACCACCACCAGUUUUUAAGUCUCCGCCACCACCUUACCAUUAUUCCUCACCACCACCUCCUGUGCAUGCACCUCUACCACCAAUUUACAAGUCACCUCCACCACCUCCUCCUCCAGUUUACAAGUCUCCACCACCACCUUACCAUUAUUCCUCACCACCACCUCCAGUGCAUUCACCCCCACCACCACCAGUUUACAAGUCUCCGCCACCACCUUACCAUUAUUCCUCACCACCACCUCCGACGCAUUCACCUCCACCACCACCGGUUUACAAGUCACCUCCACCACCUCCUCCAGUUUACAAGUCCCCGCCACCACCUUACCAUUAUUCCUCACCACCACCUCCAGUGCAUUCACCCCCACCACCACCAGUUUACAAGUCUCCGCCACCACCUUACCAUUAUUCCUCACCACCACCUCCAGGGCAUUCACCCCCGCCACCACCAGUUUACAAGUCACCGCCACCACCUCCUCCUGUUUAUAAGUCCCCUCCACUACCUCAUCAUUAUUCCUCACCACCACCUCCAGUGCAUUCACCCCCACCACCACCAGACUAUUCACCUCCUCCUCCUCCUUACCAUUAUUCCUCACCACCACCUCUAGUGCAUGCACCUCCACCACCUCCUCCAAUUUACAAGUCCCCGCCACCACCUUACCAUUAUUCCUCACCACCACCUCCAGUGCAUUCACCUCCACCACUUCCUCCAGUUGACAAGUCUCCGCCACCACCUUACCAUUAUUCCUCACCACCACCUCCUGUGCAAGCACCUCCACCACCAAUUUACAAGUCACCUCCACCACCUCCUCCAGUUUACAAGUCUCCACCACCACCUUACCAUUAUUCCUCACCACCACCUCCAGUGCAUUCACCCCCACCACCACCAGUUUUUAAGUCUCCGCCACCACCUUACCAUUAUUCCUCACCACCACCUCCUGUGCAUGCACCUCUACCACCAAUUUACAAGUCACCUCCACCACCUCCUCCUCCAGUUUACAAGUCUCCACCACCACCUUACCAUUAUUCCUCACCACCACCUCCAGUGCAUUCACCCCCACCACCACCAGUUUACAAGUCUCCGCCACCACCUUACCAUUAUUCCUCACCACCACCUCCGACGCAUUCACCUCCACCACCACCGGUUUACAAGUCACCUCCACCACCUCCUCCAGUUUACAAGUCCCCGCCACCACCUUACCAUUAUUCCUCACCACCACCUCCAGUGCAUUCACCCCCACCACCACCAGUUUUUAAGUCUCCGCCACCACCUUACCAUUAUUCCUCACCACCACCUCCUGUGCAUGCACCUCUACCACCAAUUUACAAGUCACCUCCACCACCUCCUCCUCCAGUUUACAAGUCUCCACCACCACCUUACCAUUAUUCCUCACCACCACCUCCAGUGCAUUCACCCCCACCACCACCAGUUUACAAGUCUCCGCCACCACCUUACCAUUAUUCCUCACCACCACCUCCGACGCAUUCACCUCCACCACCACCGGUUUACAAGUCACCUCCACCACCUCCUCCAGUUUACAAGUCCCCGCCACCACCUUACCAUUAUUCCUCACCACCACCUCCAGUGCAUUCACCCCCACCACCACCAGUUUACAAGUCUCCGCCACCACCUUACCAUUAUUCCUCACCACCACCUCCAGGGCAUUCACCCCCGCCACCACCAGUUUACAAGUCACCGCCACCACCUCCUCCUGUUUAUAAGUCCCCUCCACCACCUCAUCAUUAUUCCUCACCACCACCUCCAGUGCAUUCACCCCCACCACCACCAAUUUAUAAGUCUCCCCCACCGCCUCCCCCAGUAUAUAAGUCACCACCACCACCUCCACCAGUGUACAAGUCUCCGCCACCUCCAGUCUACAAGUAUAAGUCACCACCACCUCCUUCCCCAAUUUACAAGUCACCACCACCACCUCCUCCAGUAUACAAAUCACCUCCACCACCUCCUCCAGUUUACAAAUCUCCACCACCACCAAUUUAUAAAUACAAGUCUCCUCCACCACCUCCUCCAGUUUACAAUUCCCCACCACCACCAAUCUACAAGUCUCCACCUCCACCCUACCAUUACUACUACAAUUCUCCUCCUCCUCCUCCUAAUCACAAGCAUAUCAGCCUAAAACAAGAAUUUGUAGUAACAAUGGGGAGCAAAGCAAAAGCAACGGGGUCUAGGCUGACUCCUCUUCUUACCACUGUUUUAGUGGUAUUUGUUGCCUUUGGCUUGCCCUUGGAAACUGCGGCUGAUUAUUACAAGUAUUCAUCUCCUCCUCCUCCUCCUUACCACUAUUCUUCACCACCACCUCCAGUGUAUUCACCUCCACCGACCCCUGUUUAUAAGUUACCCCCACCAUCUCCUCCAGUUUACAAGUCCUCACCACCACCUUACCACUACUCACCACCUCCGGUGUAUUCACCUCCACCAUCACCAGUUUACAAGUCACCACCACUACCCCCACCGGUAUACAACUCCCCGCCUCCACCAGUGUACAAAUACAAGUCACCACCACCACCUCCUCCAGUUUACAAAUCUCCACCGCCACCAGUUUACAAGUACAAGUCACUCCCACCACCUCCUCCGGUAUACAAGUCUCCUCCGCCACCUGUUUACGAGUACAAGUCUCCUCCACCACCUCCUCCAGUGUACAAGUCCCCACCACCUCCAGUUUACAAGUACAACUCACCACCACCUCCUCCCCCAGUUUACCAAUCUCCACCACCACCAGUUUACAAAUACAAGUCACCACCACCUCCUCCCCCAGUUUACCAGUCUCCACCUCCACCCUAUCAUCACUACUACGGUUCUCCUCCUCCUCACCACUACUAAGCAAGUGCAUCUAAGUUUUGAGGCAAAGGAGAAGGCAAUCGGUGUUUGAGACCUUCAUGAAGAUGCAGAAGAAUAAGAAUAAAAGCCCAAUGCGA